CAAGUUGCAGGAAUCGCUUCAUAAUUCCUCAGCAUCUAACAGGAGAAAAGGACAGCAGGAAUGAUUUACAUCUUUUUAAUUUCUUUGAUGUGUGUUGUGUUUGAAGUUAAUGCAUACAAAGCUAAAAUCAGAGUUCCUAAAGUUGACGGAAAAUGCGAGAUUAAUGGGAAAUUGUUUAAACCUAGAGAAGAAUAUAUGAAUGAACAAAAGUGUGAAGUAUGGACUUGCUUGAGAAAAUCACCAAGAAUAAAUGGAAAAGUUGAUAAGGAACAUGCUCUCGUCGAUGUAUCAGGAUGCGGGACAGCAACGAUGUCGUACGGUAAUGGUACUGAAUGCAGCUAUAAAAUAACAACAGGAAAAUAUCCGGAUUGCUGUUUUGGAGAAUUAGAAUGUAAGCAAGAAGGGUAUAACGAUAUAUCCGAUUUCAAAUAAAUAUAUCUAAAAUACAUGUUAACGACCAAACAGAAGAUACUGUGGUACUUUCUUAUAUAAACUUAAUUCUAAUAUCUUAAAGAUUAAAUUUAUUCAUCAAAUAUUCAAUAAACGUUACUGAAACUGAUGUGAGUUACUGUGU